AUGCGUUCCGUUCAGUUCCUUGCCCUCGCGAUGGCCGUCGCUACCUCCGAGGCUGUCUCUCAGGGUUUCAACUACGGUGCCCUCAAGGCUGACGGCACUGUCAAGACUCAGUCCGACUUCGAGACCGAGUUCAACACUGCCAAGAACCUCGUUGGCACUGAUAAUGCCUUCACCAGUGCCCGUCUUUACACCAUGAUCCAGGGUGGCACCACCAACGGCCCCAUUGAGGCUAUCCCCGCCGCCAUCAAGGAAAAGGUUACCCUUCUCCUGGGUCUCUGGGCCUCCGGUGGUGGCAUGGCCAACGAGAUCGCCGCUCUCAAGUCCGCCAUUGACACCUACGGUGAGGACUUCACCAAGCUCGUCGUCGGUAUCUCCGUCGGCAGCGAGGAUCUUUACCGUAACUCGCAGACCGGUGUCGAGGCCAACGCUGGUGUCGGUAUUGAGCCCUCCGAGCUCGUUGACUACAUCAACCAGGUCCGCUCCGCCAUCUCCGGCACCACCCUGAGCGGUGCCUCUAUCGGUCACGUCGACACCUGGAACUCCUGGUCCAACAGCUCCAACUCUGCUGUCAUCGAGGCCGUUGACUGGCUCGGCUUCGACGGAUACCCCUUCUACGAGAACACCAAGGCCAACUCCAUCGACGACGCCAAGUCCCUCUUCGAUACCGGUGUUGCCAAAACCAAGGCCGUCGCCGGCGACAAGGAGGUCUGGAUCACCGAGACCGGUUGGCCCGUGACCGGUGACAGCCAGAACCUGGCUGUUGCCAGCGCUGCCAACGCUAAGCAGUACUGGGAUGAGGUUGCCUGCCCUCUCUUCGGCAACACCAACAUCUGGUGGUACAUCCUCAACGAGGAGGGUGCCAGCCCCAGCUUCGGUGUCUCCAGCUCCGGUGACAACACCACCCCUCUAUACGACCUCACCUGCAAGGCCUCCUCUUCCUCCAGCUCCGCCGCCGCCUCUUCCAACACUGGCCUGGCCGCCGAGAACGCCUACACUGGCUCCGCUGCCCGUGUCACUGGCUCUGCUGCCGGUGCCCUGAUCGCUGCUCUGGCUCUUGCCUUCACCUUCUAA